AUGGAACUCCAAAAAAAUCCAAGAGAGGUAGCGAUGAUCCCGCUGAACGAUUGUGGCCUGACGAGAUAUGGAGAAAUCACCGACACUCUUUACAGUGAAACAUUUUGUAACCAACCACGUGCUGGAUACUGGCUCAAGGACAGGUCCUUCAAUAAGAAACCAAGUCGUGAUGAUGUUUGCAAAGUAAUUGCCACAGUUGGAAAUAUUAUGGUCAUGAUGGGACGGCAAAAAGAUUCCCAUGGAAUGAUUGACAUUGCCUAUGCUGCUAAAAAUGACAUUUGGAAGUCUUGCGGUGGGCUCAUGAAAAUGGUUGUCCAUGGGAUGAACAGACAUUGGGCUCGUGAAAAUGGUUGUCCAUGGGAUGAGCGGACAUGUGCCGAUGCUGCUUCAAAUGGACAUUUGGAAGUUUUAAAGUGGGCUCGUGAAAAUCGUUGUCCAUGGAAUGAAGGGACAUGUGGUGGAGCUGCUUCACCUGGACAUGCGGAGAUUUUGAAGUGGGCUCGUGAAAAUGGUUGUCCAUGGAAUGAGUGGACAUCUGCCUAUGCUGCUAAAAAUGGUCAUUUGGCAGUCUUGCGGUGGGCUCGUGAAAAUGGUUGUCCAUGGGAUGAGUGGACAUGUACCUAUGCUGCUGAAAGUGGACACUUGGAUAUUUUGAAGUGGGCUCGAGAAAAUGGUUGUCCAUGGGAUGAACAGACAUAUCAAGCUGCUUCAAAUGGACAUUGGGAGGCUUUGUUGUGGGAAAAUGGUUGUCCAUGGGAAGAACAGACAUAUGAAGCUGCCAGGAGAAGCUGA